AUGAAGAUCAGCCAGCAGUCAAUGGCGGCCCUGGUGUUUGCUCUACUGCUGAUCACUCUAGCCGGACAAUCAGCAGCAACAGCUUCAUCCGUCAUCGUCAUAGGCGCCGGAAUGUCAGGGAUUUUCGCUGCAAAGACGUUGUACGAAGCUGGGAUAACGGACAUUGUGAUGCUGGAAGGCAGCUCGAGGAUCGGCGGGCGAAUGAUGAAGGCAGAGCUCGACGGUUACACCGUCGAAUUCGGCGCGAAUUGGUUCAACACCGGAGGUCCCCUGCAGAAUGCUGUAGCUUCUCUAGCCAACAAGACGAAGCUCAGAUCUUCUCGCAAUGGCAACCUCAACAUGUCAGCAAACACCUACGGACAAGAAGGAAGUUUGUACCCCAAGCAAUUGGUGGAUCAAGUCCAGAAGGUUGCAUCCGAUAAGGAAAGUUUCUACGAAAGGUAUUCUGCAGUACUGAGUUCCAUUUCCAAAGCUGAGGGAGUCGACAUUGAUGUUUCUAUCCUGGAAGCGCAGAGAUUGCUUGGAAAUGUUCCAUCGAGUUCACUAGAAAUGGUGAUGGACUACUUCAACAAUGACUACGAAGAUGGAGAUCCCCCCAUGGUUUCAAGUUUGAAGCACACAUACCCUCGUCGCGAGGCCAUGGACCAUGGCGAUGUGACCAAUUUCGUGUGCGAUCGGCGAGGGUUCGAGGUUUUGGUUCAGGAUCUUGCACGCCAGUUCGUCAACCGUAGCAGCAAGCACCCCAAGCUCUUGCUCGACAAGGUUGUUAAGGAGAUAUUCUACACGACAAACAGAGGAGUCAGGGUCGAAACAGAGGACGGGUCUACUUACCAAGCUAAGUACGCCGUCGUGUCUGUCAGCCUCGGCGUGCUUCAGAGUAACCUCAUUCGCUUCGCUCCGACCUUACCCCGGUGGAAGACCGAUGCGAUAUCGAGCUUCGACAUGGCGGUGUACACCAAGAUUUUCUUGAAAUUUCCUUACAAGUUCUGGCCCGCCGGUCCUGGAACCGGGUAUUUUCUCUACGCCCACGCUCGUCGCGGAUACUAUCCAGUAUGGCAGCAUCUGGAGAACGAGUAUCCAGGGUCGAACAUACUGUUUGUCACGGUAACUGGGGACGAGUCGAGACGGGUCGAGAGAUUGCCGGGCGAAGACGUACAGAAAGAGGCCAUGGAUGUGCUGAGAAAGAUGUACGGGAGUGGGAUUCCGGAGCCAGAACGGAUCUUGGUGCCGAGGUGGGCGAUGGACAGGAAUCGACACUGCUAA